CCUUCGGACAGCUUAAGAUAACAUCAGCGCAGAUAAGAUCUACGUCAAGUUUCGGAGCUGCAGACGGGGAAAUCUAGUUUUAUCUAGACGGCAGAAGGAGAAAGAUUCCUCUCUGUGAAGAGUGGGCUGUUUCAGUCACGAAAAUGGUGCUGGGAUUCUGUGUGAAAGGUCAAAGGUUACCAAGUCCAGCUCUGGUGGAGUUAGAAAAGCUGAAUUCUUCCACAAAUGAAAUUAAUAGACUUGAAGUUGAUUUAGAUGAUGCCAGAGCAAAAUUUAGGCAGUUGCUUUGUGAUACCACUCUUCAAAUAGAUGCACUUGGCAAGAAAUUAGGAUCUUGUGUCGAGCGAGCAAGACCUUAUUAUGAGGCUAGAAUGAAGUCAAAAGAGGCUUUGAUUGAGACUCAGAAGGCAGCAGUUAAAUUUGAACGAGCUAACUCUGCUCACACAGCAGCAAAAGAAAUGGUGUUUUUAGCAGAGGAAGGAUUGAAGACCGAAGGACGCACUUUUGACCACGCUUGGCAGGAAAUGUUGAAUCAUGCUACUAUGAGAGUCAACGAAUCUGAAAUGGAACGUACUACAACCGAACAAGAGCACCGCAGAACGUCUCUAUUAUACCAUGAAUCAGAGAAAAAAGUUCAACAACUCCAGAAAGAUUUGAAGCGAUCUAUCAAUAAAUCAAGCAGGAAUGUACGGCGCAACCUCCUUUUUAUAAAUAGUAUUGCUAUCGAGCAUCGCUUGAAACUGUUACCAUAUUUUGAAUUGAAAUCCCAGUACAACCAUCAGAUGGAAGAACAGAAACAAAGGGUAAAAAGACUAGAAAGCCAAGUUUCUCAAGCAAAAGCAAGUUAUGCAGAAGCAUUACGCAACCUGGAGCAAAUAAGUGACGAGAUUCACAAGAUACGCAACCAUGAAAUGUUUGGCUUCACUGACCCGCUUGGAGUAAGGGGGCUGGGAGUAGGGGCUGAGUCACCACUUCAAUCUUCAAAAAACAUACGAGAAAAGCCCAAGUCAACUCAAGCAUCAAAGAGAAAGAAGGCUUCAAAGCGACAGAGCACUAACGAGAAUCAGAGUAGAGAUUCAUGGUUUGACUCAACUUUCCAAGAAUCAGACUCAGGCGAUGAAUAUCUUUCAAUUCCUAAUAAAUUGGGACCUGCUGCUAGUCCAGUUAUGCCACAGAAAAGCAAAGACUCUGGCGAUUUAUCUCAGUAUUUGGGACUAUCAUCGCUACCUGGAGACAGUGAAACUCGAAUGCAAGCUGUUGCAAAGCUGGAAGAGGAAGUGCUGAAGGAUGCCAAGACUACUAGACUCGAAGCUGAAAGAAGGCCAAGUUUGGCAACAUCCACUCCAAGCUGUAACACCACUCCAAAGAAAACUCCAAGAAACCCUUUUCUGCCACUAACUAAUCCUUUCCAACCACAAAAUGGUCAGCAUAAUUCAUUAAACAACGGCAUUGAUUCUGAGAGCAAUCAAACAUGGACCGCGAUCAAUUUAGGAGAAUCUUCUUCAGACAACUCUCCUUCUCCUGUGAAAAGUAUGUCAAAUGGCACAGACCAGGCUGGGAAAGGGAAAGGGAUAGACAUUCCCUACCGACCACUUGUUGACCAUCCUGGAGACGACAAGGGGAGCGGAUCCCACAUUAUAACUCCCCUCAAUGACGAGAAGGGAAAAUGUGAUGAUUGGUUGGCAAAAAAUGAAGGCACUGUCCCAGACGGUGGAGAGGAGGUUUGGACUGAAGUGAGCUUGAACGAUGACCCAGAGACACCAACAACUUCAAGCCUUUUUAAGAAGGUGUCAUUUUUCAACACCAACUUUACCUGUGGCAGACCGAGAAAUUCAUCAACUGAUGAUGAACGUCAGAGCUCUGUUGAGCUUAAUACUCCUCCUCAGUCAGCAAGGGGUUCAGUUAGCUUGCAAGGCACCCCUUUGAAGCAACGCAUGAAACUAGACACUGGUCUUGUGAACUGGAUCUCUCGAUCAUCUGCAGCUGAAGAGCAGCCUACAAACAUUCAGUACCGGCGCCCUCCUCUUGGAAACAGACGGCAGAGUUUGGACACGCUUCUUUGGAAUCCGACUUCAGAGCGAAUGAAGGACUUCUUAAACCAAGGCAUUAUGAUGCUAAAUAUUUCAUCUCUUACUGAGAGAAGGUCAAGUGAACCACGAACGGAAAAGCCAAUCAAUGUGCCUCGCAGCACAUUGAAUCCCAUAACAGGGAUAGAGACGACAAUUGUCCCACGGCACCUGAAGAAAAUACCAUCUCCAUUGGAGAAGUCUCUGACCUACUUGAACGCAGAGGAUGAUUCUGCUUCUGACACUGACAGUUUACAUAGCAUGGAUAUGCUUACGGAUGAUCAGGUUUCAUCUCUGAUGCGUGAGCCAAAUCUGCAAGAAGUCUGUCAAGAUGUUCUCGGCACUCCAAUUACUGAGGUUCUCCCUGGGUAUCCUUCAAGUAAGCCCUAGAAGGAGGUCUACCUAACAUUUCCUUAUGUAGUGCUUUACAUGAGACCUUUGUCUGCAAUGUUUCAAUUAAUACCAACUUUGAAGGCGCUAGUGUCUUGUUCCUAUCAAGUUUUGUGUUUAUAAUUAUUAUUUAUGGUCUGCUGGAUCUCUUCAUCAAAAUUAUAUAUGAAAUCUUAUAAUGCUGUAAAAUUUAAUAACUUGCAAUUAAUGUGUGUUAAUCUAGGACCCAUGUAUCACUUUUGUCUGUCUGGAAUUUAUAAUCUUCCCCAUAUCGCAUACAGUGAAAUCUACCUAAGUGAGUCAUGUAAACUUUUGUAUUGAACUUUUAUGUUAGCCUGCUAGUAGUUGAGGCACUACUUCACUCCAGGUGAAAGAGCGAGAAUGAUAUUCUAGUCCUUUUUUCUUAAUUUUAGUAUGUUAACAUGCCUUUAUCGUAAACUGUCAUUUAAGUGUCAAUCUGUAGUCCAUGUAUGUAGAAGCUUUGCCAGAAGGAAAAUCAGCUUUAAUUAAUAUUUAUUUUUAUUUAUCAUGUGUACCUUUUCAAUAGUCUAGUCUACUUGUGCUAGUGCAAUACAGUAUUCUCCAAGCUCUUAAGGUUAUGAAACCACAAAUGGUAACAACAUGAAUUGGCAAGAAGAAUGCUUGAGAAUUGAAAGAUAAUAAGGUAUGAGCUUCAGCAAAUUAAAUGGUUUGUGCACUAAGAUUGGCAGUCAUUCAUAAUCUGUGAUCCAAUGCCAAUGAUUAUUUCUUUGGUGUUGAAGUCUGCCUCAAAGGCUCCUAUGUGCCUAAUAUAUUUAUCAAAUUUGUAAUAAGUGUGAAAAUCUUGGGAAAAAAAAGAAUGUUUGUCUCACAUGUAUGUUGGUUCCUGUCUUGAAAUGAUGAGUAGCCCUGGUUGUUACUUCGAGCUUUACUUCUAUUGACUUCUUUUAUAUAAAUUAGCUUCAAGUGACAAAUGCCUCUAGGGGAAAGUUGUCAUUCAAGAUAAAUAGAGUAUUAAACUGUAAAUUUGAAUUGUAGAGCUGUAAAUCGUGUUGAUAUAGAAAAAUAUUUUUGUGUUAUUAUGAAACUCCUUGAAAAUGAUGUCAUGAAAGGGCUGACGAUGUUGCUGGUUUUUGUGAACAUCACUUCAUGUUUCCAAUAUGCUGCUGUGAUACUGUUUUACAAAUAUGCAAUAUGUGUUAACAAUAAGUAUGGAAACUUUUAUCCAUGUUUUGAAUAACCUCAUGUCUGUGAAUUUUAGAUACAUAUCUAUUCCAAAAGAUUGAUAAUUUUAUUGUUUAAUUUGCUAUUAUUUUUUUUCUAGUGGAUUCUGCAUUUAUUUACUUUUUUGUUUGUUUGUUGUAUUGAUUUUACUUUUAUAUUCUAUUUGCUGUUGAUGGUUUCUGACACUGAGUCUUACUGUUUCAGCAGUUUAUGCCAUCCAUGUAUUUUUAAGCUAUCCUAUGCUCUUAAUGUAUGCUGUGCUAUUCAUUAUCAUUGGACGGGAGUUGUGGAAUCCAAACGGAGUGGUGGCACUUUCUGUGCUUUUUUAAAGUCUGGUUCAUUUGAGCCAUUAGGGCUCUAAUUUAAGUCAGCAUUCAUCAAUGUUUUUAUUGUUUUGUUUUUGUUACAAUGUUGUAUUGUGUGUUCAAUAAUCUAUUAUAUAUUUUGUUUCUUAUGCUUUUAAUUCACUGCUAGAAAGGGCCCAAAUUUGAUUUAAGAUUUGUUUAAGCCUAAAUAUUGGAAAAAUCAGCCAUGAUGCUUUGUAAGGAGUAACAAACUGCAGCACUAUUUUUCUUGUAGUUGUUUUUCUCAUGACACACACUUAACCAACUGCCCAGAUGUCUACCCCAUUGGAAAAUAAACACUCUCUAUCGAAUGUUGCUGCUGUUGUAGAUUCUGAAUUCGGAGCACAUUUAUCAUACCUUUUGCUGUAGGCCUCUCGAAGCUUUUUUGGUUUAUGAACCAAUCUUUCAAAUGCCUUCUUCUUUAAUUUAGUGUUUCCUCAAUGCUCUGGUGAGUGAUUUCCUGUUCUCUCUUCAAUGUGGCAUAUAUUGCAAUAGUCAGAAAUUUCAUUAAGAUAUUUCAGUUGUGUGUGCAUCUUAACAAGUGCUUUUACAGUUCUAAUGUUUACUCUUAUUAACCAUCCUAUAAGAAUUUACGCUUGUAUCUGUCUCUUCUCAUCUUCUUGUAGAUUAUUGUGAAAAGAAUAAGUGCAAUAUCUUUGCACUGUUUUAGAGAAACUAGUAAAGUGUAAAACAACACAGUCAUUUUCAAAAGAAAUGACCAACACGACCCAUGCAUCUGCAAGUAUUGUUAUGGUCAUUUCAUUUGACUUUGAUUGUGAAUUGUUAUGACUCUGUUAAUUGUUAUUCUCUUAUUUGUGAGAAUGUGGUCGGACUUGUAUGAAAUAAAACACAAAUAUCGAAA